ACUUCCUCCUCCUCCUCCUCCUCCUCUCUCUCUAUCUCCCCCUUUUCCUUCGCCAAAUCUUUCUCCCCGCCAUUUCUUGCUCCGCAACACAAGCAAACCCCAAUCUCUCUCUUUUUCUCAUGGCCUCUCGCUCCCCCCAAUCCCUAAACCCAAACGCACCCAUUCAAUUCCCUCCAAACCAAUCGAAUCAUUUGCUCUCCAUUGUUGUUUCAGGCGCUCGAUAUGUUCAGCAGAGAGCAUCUCUUUCUCUCCCUUAGGGUUCUUCUCCAUGUGCUCGCUCUCAGCCUUGUUUGGCAGCCGGCGCCGCAUGUUUUCAGCCAGGACGCCGGCGGCGGCGGCGAUGGCGGUGGAGAUGGCGAUGGCGGCGGAGGUGGCGGAGGCGAUGGCGAUGUCGAUGUCGAUGUCGGUGGAGGAGGAGACGGAGUCUCUGCGGGGUAUAAGGGCUUCACCACCGAACUCAUCUUGAGUCGUUUCUCCAAUGUCACCCCCAUUCUCAAAGAUGAACUCAAGGAUUCGUUCAGCUACUGCGUCAUUGACGUAGACGAGGAUUGGAAUGGGGCUUUCAAUUUCUCAGACGAUGCAACAUUCAUUACCAACUGCGCCAAAAAAAUGAAAGGGGGAGGUUUGGGAAAGAUCACGCAGCGGUUGUGCACUUUUAAAGAAUUAUCGAUGUAUGGUGAAAGUUUAGUACAAGUUAAGAAAAGCAGUAAAUUGAAACCGAAUAAGAACUGUAACCUGUCUACAUGGAAUCCUGGAUGUGAACCUGGGUGGGCUUGUGGAACUGCAGAGGAAGUUGACGUGAAAAAUAAAACAUAUGUGCCUGCCAGAACUGAAGACUGUGCACCUUGUUGUGAGGGUUUUUUCUGCCCUCAUGGUCUUACUUGCAUGAUCCCUUGCCCAAAAGGUGCUUACUGCCCACUUGGAAAGCUCAAUAGCACUACUGCAGAAAUAUUCUACAGAUACCGUUAUCACCUACCUCCAGGGAAGUCAAACCACACUUGUGGAGGAGCAGAUAGGUGGGCUGAUGUCUUGAGUAGUAAAGAGGUAUUCUGUUCGGGUGGAUCAUACUGUCCGUCUAGCAUCCAAAAAAAUCCUUGCAGUAGUGGACAUUAUUGCAGGCUGGGCUCCACAUCUCAGGAAGGAUGUUUCAAAAUGGCAAGUUGUAAGGCGAAAUCAGAAAAUCAAAAUAUUACUGCAUAUGGUAUCAUGCUUUUUGCUGCAAUAAUAGUUAUACUUAUUAUUAUAUAUAACUGUACUGAUCAAGUGCUUGCCACCCGAGAGAAAAGACAAGCAAAAUCCAGGGAAAAGGCUGUUCAAAGUGUAAGAGAAACAGCACAAGCACGUGAAAAAUGGAAAUCUGCAAAAGACAUUGCUAAGAAGCAUGCUGUUGGACUCUCAACACAGUUUUCUCGUACAUUUUCUCGCAGAAAAUCUACCAGGCAUUCGGACCAGCUGAAAGGAACAGGACAAGCUAAACCUGGAACAGAUGGUGCCUUGCCACCUAUGCCACUGACUGCGAUAGGUGCAUCUGAAGCAGCAACGUCUAAAGGAAAGAAAAAGGAUAAAAGCAACCUCACACAAAUGUUACAUGCUAUUGAGAAUGACCCAGAUAGUAAUGAAGGCUUUAAUCUAGAGAUAGGUGAUAAAAAUAUUAAAAAGCACGCACCAAAAGGUAAGCAGUUGCAUACCCAAAGCCAGAUUUUCAAGUAUGCAUAUGGUCAAAUUGAGAAGGAAAAGGCUUUACAGGAGCAGACAGCAAACUUAACCUUCUCUGGGGUUAUAGAAAUGGCUGGUGGAAUUGAAAUCCAAAAGAGGCCUCCAAUUGAGGUUGCUUUUAAAGAUCUAACCCUCACAUUGAAAGGGAAAAAUAUACAUCUUAUGAGAUGUGUGACUGGGAAAAUAUCACCAGGCCGGGUUUCAGCUGUCAUGGGUCCAUCUGGAGCAGGAAAAACAACUUUUCUUAAUGCUUUGUUAGGAAAAGUGAGAGGGUGCACCAUGAGUGGUAUGGUUCUUGUAAAUGGAAAGAUGGAAUCUAUCAACUCAUAUAAGAAAAUCAUAGGCUUUGUUCCACAAGAUGAUAUUGUGCAUGGCAAUUUGACAGUGGAAGAAAAUCUCUGGUUCAGCGCAAGAUGCAGACUCUCUUCCAAUCUGCCUCAACCAGAAAAGGUCCUGGUUGUUGAAAGAGUUAUUGAAUCCUUGGGCUUGCAGGCAGUGCGGGAUUCCCUGGUUGGAACGGUAGAGAAGCGAGGAAUCUCUGGAGGUCAAAGAAAAAGAGUAAAUGUUGGGCUGGAAAUGGUCAUGGAACCAUCACUUCUAAUUUUAGAUGAACCCACAUCUGGUUUGGAUAGUUCAUCUUCUAAUCUGCUACUUAGAGCUCUUAGACGUGAGGCUCUUGAAGGAGUUAACAUUUGCAUGGUUGUCCACCAGCCCAGCUACACCUUGUUCAGGAUGUUUGAUGAUUUGAUACUUCUCGCUAAAGGUGGGCUUACAGUGUAUCAUGGAUCAGUGAAGAAAGUUGAAGAGUACUUCAAGAGCCUUGGGAUUAUUGUUCCUGAUCGUGUCAAUCCUCCAGACUAUUUCAUUGACAUUUUGGAAGGCUUAGUAAAACCAAGCACAAGCUCAGGGGUGGACUAUAAACAACUACCCGUUAGGUGGAUGCUUCAUAAUGGGUACCCAGUUCCUAUGGAUAUGCUUCAGACUUCUGAGGGAAUGGCUGCAUCAACAAGUGACAGUUCAGCUCAUGAUUCUGGAUCAGAGGGUUUUUGGCAGGAUGUCAAGUGUAAUGUUGAGGUGAAAAAGGACAAUAUACAGCAUAAUCUCUUAAAGUCGAGUGACUUAUCGGAGCGGAGUACCCCUGGCAUGUUCCUGCAAUAUAGAUACUUCCUUGGCAGGGUUGGUAAGCAGCGAUUACGAGAAUCGAGGACACAAGCAAUAGAUUUUCUUAUUUUAUUGCUUGCUGGAUCAUGCUUAGGAGUUCUUGCUAAAGUAAGCGAGGAGACCUUCGGUUAUCAUGGUUAUAUGUACACCGUCAUAGCAGUUUCUCUCCUUGGCAAGAUUGCAGCUUUGAGAACGUUUGGACUGGAUAAGUUGCACUACUGGAGAGAGAGCUCUGCUGGCAUGAGUAGCUUGGCUUACUUUCUUUCAAAAGAUACAGUUGACCAUUUUAAUACGGUCAUCAAGCCUCUCGUUUACCUCUCCAUGUUCUAUUUCUUCAACAAUCCAAGAUCAUCUGUCACAGAUAAUUAUGUCGUUUUGUUAUGUUUGGUUUACUGCGUAACUGGCAUAGCUUAUGCCUUGUCCAUAUACCUGGCUCCCGGUCCAGCUCAACUGUGGUCCGUGCUUCUCCCAGUCGUUUUGACUCUAGUAGGAAACAAUACUAUUGAAAGCCAUAUUGUGGAAAAAAUAUCUAACUUCUGCUAUACUAAGUGGGCUUUGGAAUCUUUUCUCGUAGCAAAUGCUCAAAAGUACUCUGGGGUGUGGAUAAUAACAAGAUGUGCUACACUUCAGAAGAGUCACUAUGACCUCAAGAAUUGGUACCCUAAUUUAGGCAUGCUCAUUGCUCUGGGUGUAUUAACAAGAGUCAUUGCAUACAUUAUUUUGGUCUUCAAAAAGAAGUAGAAUCAGUCUGUGAUCCUUUUUACCAUUCUUUCUGUACAUAGAUGAAAAUGAUCUACCAAGAUACUUGGCUCACUAGUUACUCUUGUAGCCUCUAAAGAUAAUGAAAAGAUAAACAACUGUGCAUACUGAGGGAACUCUUUGAAGUGACAAAUCUGUAGGUGGUACAUAUGGUAUUUCCUUUAGGUAGCUCUUCGAAUAAUCGAAUCUGUAGGCCUAGAUAACACUGGCUUUUAUUUA